CCUGAGCCCGCCCCGCCGCCGAGCGUCACCGAACCUGCUUGAAAUGCAGCCGAGGAGCCGGGGCGGGCGGCAGCGGCGGCGGCGGCGGCGGCGGGGGCAGCGGCAACCCCGGCGCCGCGGCAAGGACUCGGAGGGCUGAGACGCGGCGGCGGCGGCGCGGGGAGCGGCGGCCGGAGCCCCGGGCCCGCCAUGGGCCGCCCCGAGCCGGGCCCUCUCCGGCCGCUGGCGCUGCUGCUGCUGCUGCUGCGGCUCCAGCAUCUUGCGGCGGCAGCGGCUGAUCCGCUGCUCGGCGGCCAAGGGCCGGCCAAGGAGUGCGAAAAGGACCAAUUCCAGUGCCGGAACGAGCGCUGCAUCCCCUCUGUGUGGAGAUGCGACGAGGACGAUGACUGCUUAGACCACAGCGACGAGGACGACUGCCCCAAGAAGACCUGUGCAGACAGUGACUUCACCUGUGACAACGGCCACUGCAUCCACGAACGGUGGAAGUGUGACGGCGAAGAGGAGUGUCCUGACGGCUCCGAUGAGUCCGAGGCCACUUGCACCAAGCAGGUGUGUCCUGCAGAGAAGCUGAGCUGUGGACCCACCAGCCACAAGUGUGUACCUGCCUCGUGGCGCUGCGACGGGGAGAAGGACUGCGAGGGUGGAGCGGAUGAGGCCGGCUGUGCUACCUUGUGCGCCCCGCACGAGUUCCAGUGCGGCAACCGCUCGUGCCUGGCCGCCGUGUUCGUGUGCGACGGCGACGACGACUGUGGUGACGGCAGCGAUGAGCGCGGCUGUGCAGACCCGGCCUGCGGGCCCCGCGAGUUCCGCUGCGGCGGCGAUGGCGGCGGCGCCUGCAUCCCGGAGCGCUGGGUCUGCGACCGCCAGUUUGACUGCGAGGACCGCUCGGACGAGGCAGCCGAGCUCUGCGGCCGCCCGGGCCCCGGGGCCACGUCCGCGCCCGCCGCCUGCGCCACCGCCGCCCAGUUCGCCUGCCGCAGCGGCGAGUGCGUGCACCUGGGCUGGCGCUGCGACGGCGACCGCGACUGCAAAGACAAAUCGGACGAGGCCGACUGCCCACUGGGCACCUGCCGUGGGGACGAGUUCCAGUGUGGGGAUGGGACAUGUGUCCUUGCAAUCAAGCACUGCAACCAGGAGCAGGACUGUCCAGAUGGGAGUGAUGAAGCUGGCUGCCUACAGGUUCCGCCAACAUUCCUGGGAAACAGGAGGAGGCCCAGGGGGCUGAACGAGUGUCUGCACAACAAUGGCGGCUGCUCACACAUCUGCACUGACCUCAAGAUUGGCUUUGAAUGCACGUGCCCAGCAGGCUUCCAGCUCCUGGACCAGAAGACCUGUGGCGACAUUGAUGAGUGCAAGGACCCAGAUGCCUGCAGCCAGAUCUGUGUCAAUUACAAGGGCUAUUUUAAGUGUGAGUGCUACCCUGGCUACGAGAUGGACCUACUGACCAAGAACUGCAAGGCUGCUGCUGGCAAGAGCCCAUCCCUAAUCUUCACCAACCGGCACGAGGUGCGGAGGAUCGACCUGGUAAAGCGAAACUAUUCACGCCUCAUCCCCAUGCUCAAGAAUGUCGUGGCACUAGAUGUGGAAGUUGCCACCAAUCGCAUCUACUGGUGUGACCUCUCCUACCGUAAGAUCUAUAGCGCCUACAUGGACAAGGCCAGUGACCCGAAAGAGCAGGAGGUCCUCAUUGACGAGCAGUUGCACUCUCCAGAGGGCCUGGCGGUGGACUGGGUCCACAAGCACAUCUACUGGACUGACUCGGGCAAUAAGACCAUCUCAGUGGCCACAGUUGAUGGUGGCCGCCGACGCACUCUCUUCAGCCGUAACCUCAGUGAACCCCGGGCCAUCGCUGUUGACCCCCUGCGAGGGUUCAUGUAUUGGUCUGACUGGGGGGACCAGGCCAAGAUAGAGAAAUCUGGGCUCAACGGUGUGGACCGGCAAACACUGGUGUCAGACAAUAUUGAAUGGCCCAACGGAAUCACCCUGGAUCUGCUGAGCCAGCGCUUGUACUGGGUAGACUCCAAGCUACACCAACUGUCCAGCAUUGACUUCAGUGGAGGCAACAGAAAGAUGCUGAUCUCCUCCACUGACUUCCUGAGCCACCCUUUUGGGAUAGCUGUGUUUGAGGACAAGGUGUUCUGGACAGACCUGGAGAACGAGGCCAUUUUCAGUGCAAAUCGGCUCAAUGGCCUGGAAAUCUCCAUCCUGGCUGAGAACCUCAACAACCCACAUGACAUUGUCAUCUUCCAUGAGCUGAAGCAGCCAAGAGCUCCAGAUGCCUGUGAGCUGAGUGUCCAGCCUAAUGGAGGCUGUGAAUACCUGUGCCUUCCUGCUCCUCAGAUCUCCAGCCACUCUCCCAAGUACACAUGUGCCUGUCCUGACACAAUGUGGCUGGGUCCAGACAUGAAGAGGUGCUACCGAGCACCUCAAUCUACCUCAACUACGACGUUAGCCUCUACCAUGACGAGGACAGUACCUGCCACCACAAGAGCCCCCGGGACCACCGUCCACAGAUCCACCUACCAGAACCACAGCACAGAGACACCAAGCCUGGCAGCUGCAGUCCCAAGCUCAGUUAGUGUCCCCAGGGCUCCCAGCAUCAGCCUGUCUACCCUAAGCCCUGCAACCAGCAACCACUCCCAGCACUAUGCAAAUGAAGACAGUAAGAUGGGCUCAACAGUCACUGCCGCUGUUAUCGGGAUCAUCAUGCCCAUAGUGGUGAUAGCCCUCCUGUGCAUGAGUGGAUACCUGAUCUGGAGAAACUGGAAGCGGAAGAACACCAAAAGCAUGAAUUUUGACAACCCAGUCUACAGGAAAACAACAGAAGAAGAAGAUGAAGAUGAGCUCCAUAUAGGGAGGACUGCUCAGAUUGGCCAUGUCUAUCCUGCAGCAAUCAGCAGCUUUGAUCGCCCACUGUGGGCAGAGCCCUGUCUUGGGGAGACCAGAGAACCGGAAGACCCAGCCCCUGCCCUCAAGGAGCUUUUUGUCUUGCCGGGGGAACCAAGGUCACAGCUGCACCAACUCCCGAAGAACCCUCUUUCCGAGCUGCCUGUCGUCAAAUCCAAGCGAGUGGCAUUAAGCCUUGAAGAUGAUGGACUACCCUGAGGAUGGGAUCACCCCCUUCGUGCCUCAUGGAAUUCAGUCCCACGCACUACACUCUGGAUGGUGUAUGACUGGAUGAAUGGGUUUCUAUAUAUGGGUCUGUGUGAGUGUAUCUGUGUGUGUGAUUUUUUUUUUUAAAUUUAUGUUGCGGAAAGGUAACCACAAAGUUAUGAUGAACUGCAAACAUCCAAAGGAUGUGAGAGUUUUUCUAUGUAUAAUGUUUUAUACACUUUUUAACUGGUUGCACUACCCAUGAGGAAUUCGUGGAAUGGCUACUGCUGACUAACAUGAUGCACAUAACCAAAUGGGGGCCAAUGGCACAGUACCUUACUCAUCAUUUAAAAACUAUAUUUACAGAAGAUGUUUGGUUGCUGGGGGGGCUUUUUUAGGUUUUGGGGCGUUUGUUUUUUGUAAAUAAGAUGAUUAUGCUUUGUGGCUAUCCAUCAACAUAAGUAAAAAAAAAAAAAAAAAAAAA